AUUUGGUCGUUUAAAAUAGACGCGUCGAGCGGCGGCGGGUAGUGAUACAGUGAUAACGCGUCGACGCCGACGCCUCCACCGUUGCCGCGAGUGACCGUGAAGUGUUUCUUGUUUGGAUUUUUGUUGCAUAGAUAUCAUAAGUCAAAAUGACGAUUCAACACGUGCCUAGUAAAGGAAGGAUAUCUAUAAUAAAAUUCCAGAAUUUCACCAUACAAAGAAGACAGCCUGUCAUACGAUUAGUGUACGGUUUCCUCCUAGUGGUCAUAGCGAUCAUUAUGGUGAUCAUAGAUCCCAUAGAAAUAUUCACAGAAUGGAAAACGCAGAUAAAGAACGACUCGUACAUAAUGCGGAUGUGGGAGAACCCUACGUACAAGCUGUACGCGGAUAUCUAUGUGUUUAACUACACCAACGUGCCGGAGUAUAUGGCGGGCACGGAGAAAACUCUGCGGGUGGAGGAGGUCGGCCCUUUCCAUUAUCAGGAGCUACGAACAAACGAGAACAUCACAAUCAACGAAGAGGAUGGGACCCUCACCAUCAUGCCUAAGAUCGUGUUGAAAUUCCUUCCAGAAGAAUCGAUAGACCACACCAAAAAUGUCAAGCUGUAUCUACCUAACAUCGCUCUAAUUGCCAUCAGCACAGUAGCAGCGGACCACUUGCCCUAUCUUGCCAACAGUGGCCUCUACCUCUCUGCGAAGACCAUGGGCUCAAACCUGUUCAACAAUAUGAACGUGCAUGAAUUCUUCUGGGGCUUCAAGGACCCCGUGGUCACGGUUGCCCAUAAGCUGUUCCCUGGCUGGAUUGAUUUUGACUCCGUUGGGUUGUUGGAUCGGUUCUAUGCCGAAAGCCCAACGAAAGUGGUGCUCGAAAUGAAAGAUGAGAAGAGACGUUACUCCAUCAACUCUUGGGGCGGCUUGGGAGGUAUCCCGCAGCAGGGUUUCACCAAUUUGAAUAGCAGCACCCUUUGCAAUCGCAUAAAGGGAUCGUACGAGGGUCUCAUGAUCUCACCUCGCAUGACUAGAGACAAGAUCAUCCCACUGUACAGACGACAAGCCUGCAGGAUCUUCCCCCUCACAUACGUCAAGGACAUGAAUGGAUACAGCGGACUUAAUUAUUAUAGAUACGAGAUAGCAAAGAACGCUUUCAGUAAGAGUUCGCCCUUCGCUUGCAACUGCACGUCAAAAUGCUUGCCUGAGGGAUUCGUCGAUAUUAGCGGUUGCUACUAUGGUUUCCCGAUAGCGUUGUCCAAGCCUCACUUCAUGGACGUGGACCCCGAGCAAGCCAGCUACUUCACCGGCAUGCACCCCGACCCUGAGAAACACACCACUAAGAUCGACGUCGAACCUACUCUGGGCGUUCCUCUAUCGUUAUACUCGAAGAUCCAAGUGAAUAUGGCGGUGCGUACUUCAGCUGGGAAUCCCAUCACCAGCCCGCUCAAGGAUAAGGUCCUACCUCUGGUGUGGCUGCAGAUGUACUGCAAGGAGCCCCCAGCAGACGUCAUCGAGCUGCUCCGCCUGCGGCUGAUCAUCGGUCCCCCCGUCGUCAUCACCAUCGAGGUCCUCCUCUUUCUCGUUGGCUUCUGCCUCGGCGUCCAAGGCGCCUACCGCCUCAUGAGGCCCAAGUACAAGCUCAAGGAAAUCAGACAGGACUCCAAGGUCAUCAGGAGGACCAGUAUCAGGAGGACUAGUCUUGUGAUUAAUAUUGCUGAGAAUAAGUGCUUCAGGGAAAGUGAUGAGACGGAGGCUGUCUCGCUCCUUGGAGAUCCUCGGGAGUUGCAAGAAUUCAUAAGUCGUUCGUGAAGGUUCAAAGUGAGCUUGUAGUAACUGGUAUUAGUUCAUAGCAUUCAAGUUAGUUUUUAACACCUAUAGUUGUGAGUUCCAUUUAUGGGAGCGAAAUUUUAUUUGCUUAGUCAUCACGAUAGGCCAAAGUAGGAUCUCACGUACCUAUUUGAAUCAUUUUGUUGAUGUAAGCAGGUUGACAAGCUUUCAUCCUACUAGUGUCCCCCAAAUUAAUUUUGAUGAACCUAUUUUCUGUAGUCUAGAAAGAAGGAGACAAUGCUUUUGUGUUAAAAUCAUCUAUAAAGUAAUCUUUAUACCAAAUAAAAUGUUUAGGUUCUAGGUACAUGAAUGUUGUGUCAGCCUUAAGAGCUGAUGAUGGCCUAAAUUAACAUUCCCUUAGUUUUAAAGUACUCCACCUAUUGAGUCGGUUGUAAGUCAUGUAAGCAUAUCACUGGUUGAAUUGUAAAUGUACCUAGUAAUUGUAGUUUGUUCAUAGAUUUUUAUGAACUAAUGUCAAAGUAUGUGUGCUAUGCCAAGAGAGCCUAUCUGUGAGAAAGACAAACAUAAAACAGUAUGCAUUUUAAUUAUUUUUGAUUUACCUAAACAUUUUUGGCAAUUAGAGACAAAGUAUGUUUUAUAUGUCAAAAUGUAAUGUUGUUAAAUAUUUUUUGGUAUUUCGUGAAAAGGAUCCCUAGAAAGUGCCAUCGGGUCCAAUGUUGGCUCCCGGUAAAAAUGAGCUAGUGGCAGGCAAUGUAAAAUAGGACUAAGUAAGUUUUGAAAUAAAUUCUUGGGAUAGCACAGCAGAUCAUCAAACUGUUUAUCGUCUGCGACGAUAAUGAUUUAUAUCAUAUUUCAAAGGUGGAUUCAGAGUCAAAUACUUUGUAGACGAAAAACAGAGUAUUAAUAGUUACCGUUGAGGUAUUUGUAAAUAGAACGGUUAAUUUCCUUGUUAAUGUAAUUAAUUUUAAUUAAAUGAUUAAAUGAACUUCACUUAAGAGUUCGCAGCCAGUUCGGCUCAAUUUCACCUUCCCAUAAAAACUAAUAUUCAUUCUAAUUUUAAAACAGCGUUGUAAAUAAACUUGACACAAUCAUAUGUGGCUUAUUUGUUUAUUGUAGUCCAAAUAUGUACAUAACUUCAGCUGAAAAUAUCGCACUAAAUAUGUAUAGCAAAACCAAGUUUUGUACAAGUUUAAUCUUGCUGUAUUUUAUAUUAUUAUAAUUAUAAUGGUACCAGAAGCCACAUAAAUGAAUUACUACGUUUUAUGGAGUGGAAAACGAGGCUUCUUGCAGACUCUUAAGUUCUAGUUAGGUUGUGCAGUUAGUACGAGUAUGGUGAUCGGGAUUGGUUGAAACCAUUUUAUAAUUUUAUUUAUUUUAUUUAUACACGUAAAACAAUGAAUAUUUUAAGUAAAUUGUGAACUGAUAUUGAAAUAAGAUUGAAUGAUUAGUCAAUUUAUAAAUGCAAUAUUUUAUAAGUACAAGAUAUUAAUUGGCGAAAUAGAUUAAGUCUAAAUAAUUUUAAUGAAUAGGGAGGCAUGACGCUUAGAAAAAAUAUGGUGAUAUAUAAUAUCUGUUUCUAAGUUUUUACUACACCAAAAUUUGAAAUAAUUGUAAUUUUAUUUGAUAAUUUAAUGAUUUGUUUUAUUUUAUGACGAAUUAUUUGCUUCGGAAAGUUAGGCCAUUUUUGUUAUAUUAUUAUAAUUUGUGUUUAAAAUUGUAUUUUGUCGAUAUCUAUACAAGUGUACCACUGAUCUGGGCCCGAUUUAACUCAAAGAAAAUAAGUGUCUAAAUAUUUGGUGUUUUCCUCAUCUAAUUGGUACCUAAUCUAAUUAGCAGCAAAAGUAGGAAUAAAUAAUAAAUGAUACUCGUAGUCACAUUACGAAAAAAUAUCUUAAGUGAAGUCGGGCCUUAAGCUUGGUAAGUGAAACCAGAUUAUAUCCAUAAAGAUAAUCAAUAUUGAAUCUCUAAAAUCUUGUAAAAACUAAGUCCUUACUUUAAAUUUAAGUUGGUAGGUGGUUAGACUAAAAUGAAACAAAACCUGAAAAAUUUGCUCAAUUGCUCUCUGUCUACAUAUUUAGGUUAUUUAUUUAUGUUUAAUGUUACUUAAAAACGAAAAGAAUAGUACAGACAAUUUACUUUGUUCGUUAUAAGAAUAGUGAAGUUAUGAACACAAAUAAUAAAAUAAUCUGGAGAAAACGUUUGCUAUGUAUACACUAUAUUAUGUUUAUAAUUUUAAUGAAACAAUACCUACGUUUUUUUUUGUGGCAAGUACUGAGGUCAUUAUCUAGAAUCCAAAAUUUACAUCGCAAACCAAUUGGACUUGGCUUAUUAUGUUUGUAGGUUAUAUAAAAUUGAUUUCAUGUCUACUAUUUUAUGUGUAUAUAUUUAAGUGUUCAAAACGCUUGCCUUUUAUUAGUAAGAUUUUUGUAAGUCACACAAUUGUCAAUUGUUUUUGUAAGUAAUAUUGAAUAAUCUGAUAGAUUUGCCGAACAAAAAUAAAACAUUUUUCUCAACUUUAUAUAACGUAAAGUGAGGCACAGAUUACAGUAGAAUCUCAAAAAAGGAACAAA